AUGGGAAAAUCUGUUGUAACCCAGAGGAACAGAGAUUCUUCAUCAAACUCAAGCGGCAGCUCUGGUAUCAGAGGAUCGAAACUCCCUCCCAGUUCCGACGUUCCGAAGAACAUGCCACCAAACAACGAUAUCAAGGCUGUUAAAGUGGAUACUCCUCAACUGCAGGCGCAGCAGUCACCGCAAAUUCAACAGCUGGCACAACAGCAUCUCCAGCAGCUCCAGGAUCAACCAAAACAAACAGGUGUAGGCCAGGUGUUACCCAAUAUUAACUCGAGGAAGUCACUGACAAAUUCAAAUUUUCUAUUUAACGCACCAAGGAAUGAUCUGCUCAAUUCAAUAGUAAACAAUUACCUGUCCGAUCCUAAAAAUGACUAUGCAAAUGUUUCAGGAGGCAAAUCUCUACUGGUAGAUUCCAACUUUGCUUCCUUCUACAGAAAAGACUCCACAGCAAAUCCGAGCCAAGUUGGUGGAUCCAACACCAAUGGAUUUGAAAAUUCGUCGAGACCCAGAGGUGACAGUAUCUAUUUACCACCACCUAUCAAUUCACAGAUACGAAAUGACUAUGAGCAGUCUGAACAGCUGCUGCAAGAUCAACCACAGGGCCUUCCUCCUGGAGUUGUUCCAGGAUCAGGUGCUGCAGGUGGCCCUGUAGGAAUUCCUCUGCAACACCCACAACUUAAUUCCCGUGCAAACUCCAUCUUCAAUUCAAUAAUCCAAUUCCCAAAUUCAAAUCAAAAUUCAAUUAGUGGUCCCUCUGGAGGAAAUCCUAGCAAGUCAAACUCGAUAUCGAACAAUAUCUUCUCUGCUGGAGGAAAUUUAUCCUCCAAGUCUAGAUUACCUUCGUUAACAGGAGGAGAAUUUAACUUCAAUCCGCAAGACUUUGAGUUUUUGAGCAAGGAAAACCCUGGUGGAUCAAUUUCCUGGCAACAACAACAAUUACAGCAACAGCAGCUACAGAUGUUGUUACAACCUCAACAACAACAGCAGCAACUGGGUGGGAGCCUAUCGAAGUCUAAGCGUGGUUCUAUUGAUUCUGGUCUUUGGGAUCAUGGGGUAUUCGAGUCUAUCGCAGGGCUCCCACUUAGUAGCGAAAGUGUAAGCAAUAUACUAGCAGGAAUAUCAAAUGGUAGUAUCCAAUUAAGUGGGUCUAACAAUGAAAGACGAGAUUCUUUAUUAAAGUAUUUAAAUGAUCUGAACUACCCAAUUCAGCAACAACAGCAACCGCCAAGACAACAGAGUUUGAAGGGCUUGGGAAGACAGGAUAAGAAGGGAGGUGUUUAUACAAAGCUUCGUGAAGAUAUCUUUGAUAAGCCAAGUAUAGGCAACCAAAUAUAUAAUCAGAAUCAAAUUCCCCAGUACGGUGCCAAUAUUUCCCAACAAUUACAACAGCAACCAGGACAACAACACCAACUCCAUCCGCAACAACAACAGCAACACCAACAAAUGCUUCAUCAGCAGCAGGGACUGCAAAAUAUCAAGAAGAGAAUCAGUGAGGGAUCUAUAGAUCCAGUGUCUCCCUCAAAUUCGAGUUUGUCUUCGAAAACCUCUGGGAAGCGAUAUGAUGAACCCCAAUCUCCUAAAACUUCUCCUAGUGGGUUCCAUGUUAAAAUGAAAUCUAUAGACAAGCAACAGCAACAUCCUGCAGUUAGAGGUCAAUACGGUGGGUAUAUUUCGGGUGGUAACUACCAAGUUAGCUCCAAUGGACCUGCGCAACUGCAUCAACUGGCACAACAAGUUUCUCCUACAUUGGUACCAGCGCAACAAUUUGUGCAAGCUGAGGAUGGUAGGCCGCUAUUAGGAGCAACUAAGAUUGAUCAAUUGAUGUUGGUUAUUCAAGCAAGGGACAACGGAAUUAGCACAGCAAUUCCUCAAGGAGCUGAUGGUAGUAUUCUCGCCAAUCCUGAAACAGUUAUCGAACAGUCUAGAAUGCAGAGACCGGUAGCAGGAAUAAUUCCUCAACCCAUUGGUUUGGUUGGUGGUAUUGACAAGCCAGGAAGAGUUCAUCGUCUUAGUGAAGAAGCUGAUAGCAAUGAUGACGUUGGCCUGGGCACUGCGGGACAUAUGAACAAGAGAAGGUCUAAAGACCAUCAAUGUAAAUAUUGUUUCAAAUAUUUUACCCAGGCUACUCAUUUGGAUGUACACAUUCGGUCUCACAUAGGCUUGAAACCAUUUGAAUGUUCAUAUUGCCAUAAAAAGUUCACACAAGGUGGUAAUCUUAGGACACAUUUGAGGUUACACACUGGAGAGAAGCCUUUCACUUGUGAACUGUGCAACAGAUCAUUCAGUAGAAAGGGUAAUUUAGCGGCUCAUUUACUUACGCACAAAAAUGAAAAGCCUUUCGAAUGUAGGUUGGAUGGUUGUGACAAGGCAUUCACGCAACUAGGUAAUCUUAAGUCACAUCAGAAUAGAUUCCAUUUGGAAGCAUUGAAUUCAUUGACGCAUAAAUUGGCAGAGCUAACGGGAGACCAAUUGAACAAUUUACCACCGGAUGAGAAGGAUUUAUUAGAAUACUUCAAAGAUCUAUACAAGAACUCCAACAAGGGUAUAAGAGGUAGAGGUAAGAAGCUGAAUCAACUCGGUUGGAGCGAUCAAGAGGAACUGCAGCACUCGUCUCCACAGUUACAGAGACUACCCCCUCCACAGAUGCAGCAUCAAUUACCCCCACAACAAUUACAACCUCAGUAUGGCUAUGAUGUAGGAUAUAAGACAAAGUAA